AUGGUGGUAAAAGAAGAAAAUUAUAAAAAAGCAGCGAGAGUAACGGGAAAAAAUGUUGACCCGGAUGAUAUACUUUUAAACAACCUUGUAUCCAUAUUCAUUGACUCGGUGAAACGUGGCGAAAAGGAGAAAAAAAUUGUUGAAUCAUUCAUCGCCAGAAUUUCCGCAUUGAAAACCACCACCAAACAUGUCUUCAAUCUUUUCUCCAAACUUCAACAUCUGCCACUUUACCAAUGUCUCCUGGGAUUCGCGUUCGAAUAUGGAAUUGGGACCAAAGUGAAUCUAUAUUUGGCCUUCAUCUGCUAUAAAACUUCAUCCGAGAAUUUUAAUUCAUUGGGCCAAGUGUAUCUGGCGAAAUGCUACAAACACGGGAAGGGAACAGAGAAGAACAAUAUUGCGGCGUUCUGGGAGUAUUUGAAAUCGGCGAUUGGCGGGUGCAGCGAGGGUCAAUAUGGGGUGGGAAGAUGUCAUGAAAAUGGCACCCCGAUUCGCGCAUCGCAUGUGGUCAGUUUCAUGCAACAACAAAAUAUCCGAAAUACCGGUUUAAAUGCAUAUGAACUUUCUUGUCCGGGUGUAAUGUCACUUUAUCAAUCGGAGGCGAAUACAAAGAAUCAACGGGCCUUUUUCUGGUUUGAAAAAGCGGCGUCGAAUGGAAAUAUUCAAGGUCAAUACGUGUUUGCACAUUGCUACGAGAAAGGAAAAGGCAUAGCAAAGAAUCAAGAACUGGCAUUUCAUUGGUACAAGGAAUCAGCGCAGAGUGGUCAUCAGAUGGCGCAAUCAAAAACGGGAUUUUGCUACUUUGAUGGAAACGGCGUCACAAGAAAUACAUUCAUCGCUUUCGGGUGGUUUUACAAGUGUGCUCGGAAUAAACUAAAGUGCGCAGAAAGACAUUGGGUUGCACGGUGUUUUCGGAAUGCCAGGCACACCAGAAAAGACGAGAGAAAAGCUUUCUUGUUGUAUCAGAUGGAACUGAUCUAUGAUCGGAAUCCGAGGGUGAAUUAUGAUUUGGCCAGUUGUUUUAAGAAUGGGUGGGGUACUCCGAAAGAUGUCCAUCAGGCGAUAAAGUUGCAUCGGAAAGCUUUGAGAAAUGAAUUGAAAUCAAGGAAAAAGUUGUUUAAAAUGUUUAAAAUUGACUUUUAUUGA